AUGACUAACCAGCGAGCUGCCAUUGUCGGCGAUCAGAUAUUCUUCAUGAACGGCAACUACAACUUCAUCGGAGACGCCACUAGAGCACCCAAGCCGAAUCUCUUCACACUAAGACUGAAUGAGAGCUUUUCCGUCACUGGUCUCCUAACAGACCAGCUUUACUCGAGCGAUUUGCCGCCUGAUGUACCCUGGGACUCCGCAUCAGGAGCUUUCUUCUACGACAACACAACCUUGUAUCUAUAUGCAGGUCUCGCAAGUCCUGACGAGGGCGCGACCAACCUCCUUUGGGCAUAUAAUGUCCUGGACAGCCUGUGGCGGGAAGUUGCCGUGAAGGGGGGGAAUUAUCAGCAUGGAAGUCGAGAAACUGCGCUAUAUGCGAGCAUUCCCGGCGCCGGCUUGUCUUUUUUCUCAGGAGGCAAGGAGGGUGACACACCAGGAAUCAUUCGGUUCAAUUCCAGCAAUCCUACCGCUUUAACAUGGGAAAACGACACAUCCUUUUUGUACAGUGAAUCCAAAUCGCCAGGGCCGCUGAGAAGUGAAGGCCAGCUGGUCUUUAUUCCUGUCGGAGAGCAGGGUGUUUUAAUCAGCAUUGGUGGAUAUAACGUGGCUGAAAAGGGAUCCGAGUACGGCGAUAGGUUCCCAUGGGACGAUGCUCCCAUGUCAUCCGUCGACGUUUACGACAUCGCCUCCAGGCAAUGGUACACAGUGGACACCAGUGGAAAUGCGCCCCAUGAUAGAGGAAUAUUCAGCUAUUGGAUGACCCCGGCUCCAGACGGCAGCUCGUACACCAUAACCGUCUACGGCGGCUGGAGCUUACUCGCCGGCAAGUCAUACGAGGAUAUAUAUGUCCUCAGCCUCCCAUCCUUCACGUGGAUUAAGAUAGUCGAUACCGGCAACAUUGAAAGGGAAAAUAUGGGGGAAGGCCUCGGCCGCCUCCGCCACCGCGGUUUGAAAUGGAGGGAGGACAGUGGCUUCGUUAUAGGCGGCUGGAUAAAGAACAACGCGGCCUCCAUAAAUGACAAGGGAAAUUGCAAUUCGAUUUACUCACCGAUCCGGCUUCUAAAUCUCACCAGCUACGCUUGGCUUUCCAGCUACGACCCUGACAACACCAGCCCAUAUCGGGUCAACCCACAGAUAUACAAUGUGAUAGGUGGAGGACCUUCCGGGAGCGCCACGGCGACUGCUCCCAGCGGUGGAUGGGGCUCUAACACUGCUCUCGAAAGCAUAUUUAGUACACAUUCCAUUGUUCCGUCCGCACCGACCAACCUCUUUGCCCAGGCUGCCGUCACGGGUGACAGUGGCCCAGUGAGCAACAGCAGUAGUCCAGCAGAAACGUCAUCGCAGUCGUCCAGCUCGACUCCCGGCGGCGUCAUUGCUGGCGCCGUAGUAGGCGCUGUUGCUGGAACAGCACUGAUCGCCGGAGGGGUGGCAUUCUUCUGCCUGCGCAAGUACAAGCUCCAAAAGCAACAGCAGUCUUCGGCUGUGAGCCUUAUGAGUAAAGAAGGGGGAAGUCCAGCUCUAGGCAAUAACCAGCAUCCGCGGGAGUUAGGAAAUGAGGUCAUGAGACACGAGCUCGACACCAGUGAUGGGCAGCCCGCUGAACUUCAAGACACAGCGAGAAGAGAGCUGGCUGAUUCAUCGAAUGUCUAG